CAGAAAGAGAAACAAAAAACAAAAACAGUAGAUCAAUAUCUAGCUUAAGAGCAGUAAAAAAGAGAUCAGCUUGACGGUGACUAUUACGGCCGCUGCCGCCAGCUCGUCCUCUCCCACUCCGCUGCCUUCUCAAAGCCGGGAGGAAAAGGAAAGGGGAGGAGGCAGCCAGGCACGGCGCGAGGCGAGGCGAGGCGAGAGAGCGCCCGAAUCCCCAAAAUCGCAGCGCGUGAAUAAACAAAACCGAAGCGGCAGCGGCAGCAUCGGCGGAUACAAUAAGCAAGGGGGCGGAAGAGGCUGAGCUGCGGUGAGGAGAGGAGGAGGAGGAGGAGCGGGGGAAGAAGGAAAUCGCCUGCCUGCCUGCCUGCCGCCGCGGUGGUGGGUUGGUGGGUGCUGCCUCCUCCUGCUGGUGGUGUUGUUGUUGUUGUUGCUGCUGUUCCCCACCCCCAUUACCUCGCCCCCUCGCGUCGCAUGGAUUCCCCCUCGCUUCUCCCCCACUCCACGCGCCGAUCCACCAGCCCGGGGAGCGCGAGGCGAUGCAAUUGAGGUGAGGGGAGACCGCCGCCGCUGCUUCUUCCGCCGUGCUCGCGGUCGGUUUCUUGUUGGGAGUGGGGAUACAAUCUGGCGGCCGCGCUGCCGUUCGACGACGCCAUCGCGCGCCUGCACGGCGUCUUGGGGUGGACGAAGCCCAGCCGCGGCGGCGGCGGCAGGAAGCGGUGGCAGCGCUGCGGGAGGGUGAGCGCGAUGCUGUGGGCGGCGCGGGUGUCGGGGUUCUUCUCCGCCGCCAUGGUUAUGGUGGUGCUGUCGCCGUCGCUGCAGUCCUUCCCGCCCGCCGAGGCCAUCAGGUCGUCGCAGUUUGACAGCCACGUCCGCUUCCCUGGCCAGAUCGCGGGGGGCGCCAGGGGCCUCGCCUUCCGCCGCGCCCCCGCGUUUCGCAAUGCCGCUGACUGCGGCAACGCCACCGGCAAUGUCUGUGACCCCUCGCUCGUCCACAUCGCGAUUACGCUGGAUGAAGAGUACCUCAGGGGCUCCGUCGCCGCGGUCCACUCCGUGGUGCAGCACGCCAUGUGCCCUGAGAGCGUCUUCUUCCACUUCCUCGUCUCCGACCCAGCGCUGGGCGACCUCGUCCGCGCCGUGUUUCCGCAGCUCCAGUUCAAGGUCUACUACUUCGAUCCCGACCGCGUCCGCGGCCUCAUCUCCACGUCGGUGAGGCAGGCCCUGGAGCAGCCACUCAACUACGCCCGCAACUACCUGGCCGACCUGCUCGAGCCCUGCGUGCGCCGAGUCAUCUACCUCGACUCCGACCUCGUCGUCGUCGACGAUGUCGCCAAGCUCUGGCGCACGGACCUCGGCGGCCGCACCGUCGGCGCACCGGAGUACUGCCACGCAAACUUCACCAAGUACUUCACCGACCGGUUCUGGUCAGAAAAACAGUUCGCCGGAACGUUCGCGGGGCGCCGGCCGUGCUACUUCAACACGGGAGUCAUGGUUCUCGACCUCGCGCGGUGGCGGCGGACGGGCUACACGAGGCGCAUCGAGCGGUGGAUGGAGAUACAGAAGUCGCCGGCGGGGCGCAUCUACGAGCUGGGCUCGUUGCCGCCCUUCCUUUUGGUGUUCGCGGGGCACGUGGCGCCGAUCGAGCACCGGUGGAACCAGCACGGCCUCGGCGGCGACAACGUGUUCGGCAGCUGCCGCGACCUCCACCCAGGCCCGGUGAGCCUGCUGCAUUGGUCCGGUUCCGGCAAGCCGUGGGCGCGGCUCGGCGCCGGGCGGCCGUGUCCGCUCGACGCGCUCUGGGCGCCGUUCGACCUGUACGGCCCCGCCGCCUCCGCCGCGGCGGAGUCCCGGUAACUGCAACACUAAAGAUGAUUCUUUUUCUUCUUUCGCCGACCCCGUACAAAUUCUGAGCCCUCAAUUCUUCUUCACCAUUACCUGUUCAAACACCUACAUGUUUAUUUUUCUUCAUUUUAUUUUUUUCUUUUGUUCUGUUCAAUUAAAUGCCUUUGUGUUAGAUUGUUCUUGUUGGUAUUAGUGAUCUCUUCUUCCACUUUUUUUGAUCGUUUUGUUACUAAAAAAAGAGGUCAUUUGUAUCCUACUCUACAUGGUUGCAAGGCUUGCGGCCAUCAUCAUAAAUAAAAGCACAGAGAAAUAGACAUUGCAGCAGCACUAUGUGUUCUUC